AUGACUGUGAUUCAUCUUGCUCUCCCCAGGCCCAUGCCUGCAGCGGCUCAUGCUGUCUUCCCUCGACACACCAGCACGCUGUUUUCCGCCUGCCGCCACCACCACCGCCAGCACGGCAACAACGACUUCUCCGACUCCACCGUCGACAAGCCCCUCUUUCAAUCGUCCGAUGGUCCGCACGCGCACUACAAAAAAAGUUGGCUAUAA